UGUGAUAGAUACAGACAACUAAGACCCCCAGGUCGAAACAAACAUGGAGGUCUGGAGUUUCGUGGGAUUAUAGGAGAGACAGUAAAUCCAAACACACCACUGGAGAAACAAGUAUGGUAUCAUGGGGCCAUUACCAGAACAGAUGCAGAAAAUCUUCUCCGGCUGUGUAAAGAAUGCAGUUAUCUCAUACGAAAUAGUCAAAGCAAAAAGAACGAUUACUCACUUUCACUGAAGAGUAGCCAAGGUUUUAUGCAUAUGAAGCUGACAAGAACUAAAGAUAAAUACAUCUUGGGAGAAAACAGCCUUCCAUUUGACAGUGUUCCCGAGAUCAUACACCACUAUUCUACCAGGAGACUACCAAUUAAAGGAGCAGAACACUUGUCACUGCUCUACCCUGUACCAGUACGAACACUAUAGUAUUUCGUCUCUACUUCAGCUUCCCUCCUAUGGAUGGAUUGAUCCAUUAUUUUAAUGUGUAUGAGUUGGGUAUUAUUAAGUGGCAUUGUUGCAGACACGUUUGCAGACACAUUACUGCAUGAUAAGAUUGUGUUUCCUGUGUGAGCACUAUAAAAUUGAUCUACGAGUGAUAUGAAUAUUAUUUUGUUUAGAGAAGUGCCUAAUGUUAAUCCUGCCAAAGUUGUUACUGAUACUUCAUUGAUCUAUGACUAUACUUAAACUCUUCUUCAUCUGAAGUUAGUGAAAUUUGAGACAGUAUGCUGCAGUGUAUGUAAUUCUAUACAACUGGUGGUUAUUUGAGUGUCUGUAAAUAUUGUGGUGCAAUAUAUAUGAAUACAUUUUGUAUCACGUUUGGCAAUGUAAUAAUAGUUUGAGAAUUGUAACAUGUUGUUUAGUUUCAGGCAAAAGAAAAUAUAUUUUAACUUCCAGUUAGGCACUGGUAUUUUCAUUAAUAUAUAUGGAUUAAGAGGAGCGUACAUUGAUUUAGCAACUUGAGAUCUCUGCACUCUACAAAAUACUUCAAGCCCUAGUCAAUUCCUUUCGGAGUACAGUCAUUCUGUUGUAACCAAACCUAGCAGCCAAGUAUUACACCACAUGAUAUCAACACUUCAUUUGUAUAUUUGAAUGCUGUACACAUAGGCAUAAGGGCAUAGAUCUCAGAAUACUUUACAUAAGGAAUCAGAGGUAAAGGAUAAGUUCAGAAAGAGUGGAACCAUCUGGGUGAACAAUGUUUUUUGUAGUCAAACUAGUAGGGUGAAUUGAUCUCAAAGAAUUAACUUUGAGUUUAAGAAAUUAACAAUCAUUCAUGGCUGAGCCAACAUUUAUUGCCCAUCUCCAGGUGCCAUUGCAAAGCUGCAGUCCAUUUGCUGCAGGGAGACAAUACCAUUAGGGAGGGGGUCAUUGCUAUAAGGGAUUUUAAUAAUGACAAUGUUCAAAUUUUUGCACAGAUUUCUGAACUAAUACUGGCAAAUUCUCCCCUUCUCCCUGACUAUAGUCAGUCUAGAAUUGAGCUUAGCACUCAUUUCGGUGCAUGUUUCAAUGCUUUGAUCCACAAUCGCUAUUUUGUCUUACUUUGUAUGAUUGUAGACAUGUUGAAAUUUUUUGCCAUGUUUAUAAUAUGCCAACCAAAUGUGUUUGUGUCCAAGUUCCAGCCCGAAAGGAAGGAAAACAAAAACUUGUGAAUGGCUUAUGUUGCAUGAUUCAAAUUGGAGUUGUGGUAUGACCAGCUCCAGGUUUUACUGUUAGCCUUAAAUUUAAAGCAAUUACUUUGUUAAAGUCUCGAGUUUAUGCAACAGGCCAUGAUGGUACCCUCUCAUAGUUUUUACAUGGAGCACAUUUAUCAUGAAUCUAUUCAAUGAGUUUUGUGUAAUCACCAUCCUUCAAAUCAGAUUAAUCUUCAUCUAUGGAUGAAGAAACUGACAAUGUAACUCAAAGACAAAAUGCAUUUUUACCCCACAAAUUUCUAUCACGUGAUGCCAUUAUCACAUCAUGAAUAUUCUGAUUACAGAUGCAAUAUGUUGUUAAAGGGAAGCGCCAUAAUGUCCUGAUAGGAUAGAAUGCAAAUCCACUAAUUUUCCAAGAAUAUUUGUGUUCUAUGAAAGACUUGUUCAGCAGCAAGGGUAUUUUACCAGAUUAGUACUAAUUUGUCUUAUUGCAGUUAUUCAAUCCCUUAAAUGAAAUGUAUAACUUGGGGAGAGAGUCAAGUUUGCAGCAGAAAAUCAAAACUAUCAGCAAUCUUCUCCAAAAUUAUGGCACAUUGUUAGAAUCAAUACUACAGGUCAUUAAAAUGGGAAACUUAAUGAGAGAAGAAACUUUACCCCAGAAAGUCUCAUGUUCUAGCAAUCUUCUCCAAAAUCAGUAAAACAUGUCAUCUUUGCAGCAAACAAUCAAAACAUCCAGCAAUCCUCUCCAAAAUGCAGGUACAUUAAUUGAAAGAGCAGUAGAUUUGAAGAACUAUAUAUCUUGAUGGGAUAAGAAAUACUGCAGGAGAAAAUCAAACCUACUAGGGGUUUAGGUACAUAGUUAUUUGGAAGUUGCAUCACAGGUAGAUAGGGUGGUUACAAUAAUCUGCAAAAUGCUUGUACAUUGGUAGAAUAUGUUGUGCAUGCCAUUAAGGUGCAUAGCAUGGAGAGAGAAGCAAAUUCACACUUGAUUCUGGAAAAGCUCAUCAGGUCUGGCAGUAUUUAUGCAGAAAAAUCAGAGUUAACGUUCCUCCUUGGAGAUUUACAGAUUUACUGAGAUUUUCCAGCAUUCACAUUUAUUUCACUUUUUUAAUCCUAUACUCGAUGGUCUGAACAAUGAAUGUAAG